UUCCGGUUGUAGUCAAACGUAAGGGAACGAACGACAGGCUGAAGAUUUGUCGUAUGUCUAAGUCUUGUUAAACAGCUGUAAGCUAUAAGACGGCCACAUUCUAAGGAAUAAUUUGUUGGCUGAAGCAAGUUUGCAGAGGGAGACUGAGCGAUGGCUGACAAUGAGAACACAAACCCUCCCCGCCAGGAAGGUCCUGUGCAAUACAUGUUGAAUAACAAACUGGAAACGGCAAUGUGGCUCUCACGUCUGUUUACUGUGUACUGCUCUGUUUUAUUCAUUCUGCCUGUCCUGGGACUGCAAGAAGCUGCCAAUUUUUACCAACGUGCCUUGCUGGCCAACGCACUGACAAGUGCAUUGCGAUUGCACCAGAGGCUGCCCCGGUUCCAGCUGAGUAGAGCUUUCCUGGGCCAGGCGCUGCAGGAAGACAGCUGCCACUACCUGCUCUAUUCUCUUAUCCUGGUGAACUCCUACCCAGUCACAAUGAGUAUAUUUCCAGUCUUUCUUUUCUCUUUACUUCAUGCCACCACAUACACAAAAAAGGUCCUUGAUACAAUGGGUCCCAACAGUUUGGCGUUUGUGAGGGGCUUCCUGAAUAAGCUGACUGCCAACCAGCAGAACAUCCUUAAGUUUAUUGCUUGCAAUGAGAUAUUUCUAAUGCCUGCGACUGUCUUCAUGUUGUUCAGUGGCCAAGGAAGUUUGCUGCAGCCUUUCAUUUACUACAGGUUUCUUACCCUUCGUUAUUCCUCCAGAAGAAACCCAUAUUGUCGCACCCUAUUCACGGAGUUGCGCAUUCUUCUGGAGCAUUUUGUCAUGAAGCCGUCAUGUCCAGCCUUCCUCAGGAGGAUGUGUUUGAGCAGCAUUGCCUUUGUCAGCCGUCUUGCGCCCACUGGGGUAUAACCCCUACAGCUCUUUGCCACAACUGAGUUCUCUGUCUAUGGCAGUUGGCAAGAACCAAAAGGAAGGAAAAAUGGGCAGAUUACAUGUUCAAGCUGUUCCUGCUGCUUUUUUCUCCAUGUGCUAGACUGCUAGCUCUGAAUCACACUGCACUGAAAAUGAAAGCCCUAUUUUUUUUAAUUCUUGAAGUCCUUGUCAAAAACUACUAUUCCAACAAACACUGUACUGUUACGUCAUUCAUAUCGCAAGAACACAUGAAACUGAGUAGCUGUUUGAGAACUAAAUGUUCAGUCUUUUAGUCCAUACAUUUUUUGUCAACUGAAUUUUCAGUUACAGAAAAUUGUUUUAGUUGCAUGUAGGAAUAGUUUGUGCUAGUCAUUGUACUUUAAGCCAAAGUGAUGGAAAGUCCUGUAUACGGUUUACGUAAAAUUGGCUCAAUUUAAAUAUGGUACAGGCACUGUAAACAUAAGCACCUGGCAGAGAUGCAUUUAUAUUUUGCCAUUAUUGAAUAUCUGUUAUAAAAUUUAAACUUUGGGAUAUGUACAAUGUGUAAUGUUCUAAGCAUUUUAAAUUCCUACAAGUUCUAAAGAAUAGAGUUAAAUCCUUAACAAUAUUUGAUUUCCAUGCUGCAUACAACCUGUGUCCUGGUGGAACUUUUUUAAAACACAAAAUCUUAGUGAUGGAACAUUGAAUUAUGCAUUUAAUAUAGGAAUGUGGAUAUUUCUCAUCACAUUUUCUUACCUUUUUAAAGCCACCAGUGGCUCCUUUGAGUUGUAGUGUAAUGUAUAGCAAAGCUUUCUAGGUACAGAUAGAAUUUCAAAGUAAUAUGUGAACUUAAGCACUAAUUUAAAAGGAUGAUUAUUUAUCUUUGUUUAGCCAUUUCUGCAGCUGUAGGCAUGGCUGACUGAACAAAUGUACAAAUGUUAUUUACGGUUUUCUUUUUGGAUUCUUUCCACUUCGGUUGUUUUACAUGAUGUAUUACAAUAAAAGCAAAUGGCUGCAUACAUUA